AUGCUAAUCGCGCCCUUGUCUUUAGAUGACUGGAUCCUUGCUAUCACAACCAUCGCCUUCAUCUUCAGCGCCUUCGGCAACGGAGCAAACGAUGUCGCGAACUCGUACGCCACGUCGGUUGCUGCUCAGACCUUGACCAUGCCACAAGUCGGCGUGCUGGCGACCAUCACGGAAUUUGUAGGAGCUGUCGGUCUAGGCGCUCGCGUCACUUCGACAAUCAAGAACGGCAUCAUCUCCAUCGAUCGCUUCGAGGGUAAUCCUGGAGCUCUUAUGCUUGCCAUGGGCUGUGCAGAGGUUGGAAGCGCUACAUGGUUGAUGGUCGCCACCGGUCUCGGCAUGCCAGUCUCAACUACCCAGACCGUUGUUGGAGCUCUCAUUGGAGUCGGCUUCGCAAGCAGCAGUUCCGUCAAAUGGGCUUGGGAAUCUGGCAGUGUUUCUCAGGUUGCGGCAAGCUGGGCCAUUGCUCCUUUGAUCGCUGCUGGCUUUAGCGCCCUCAUCUUUGCAACAGUCAAGUAUAGUGUGCUUGAGCGUAGAGAAUCUUUCAAGUGGGCCUUGCGCUUGAUCCCCUACUACUUGGCUUUGACGGGUGCGAUCCUUGCGCUUUUUAUCGUCAUCGAAGCUCCCACUGCUCCCUCGCUGGAAGAGUUUGGCGCUGGUAAAGCUGUUGGAAUCAUCUUGGGUGUCUUUNUUGGUGUCCUCGCCAUUGCUUACAUCUUCUUCAUGCCUUACUUCAAGCGACGUUUGGUUAUGAAAGAUGCACGAGUCAAAGCCUGGCAUAUUCCUCUGGGUCCCCUCCUUCUAAGGGACAAUCCACCUCUCUACUAUCCUGGCAAUGCUGAAGGUGAAUAUAUCGGAGAAUACCAAGCGGAAGGCAAGGCAUUCAGCGACACACCCGAUGCCAGCCCGGAAAUCAAAGGCAACAGUCCAUUAUCACUACAGGAGCAAAGCCCAGAAAAAGUAGACCACAUGCUUGGAGACUCUUCAUCCGUCGAAGCUGGCCUGGAACACAAUCAACCCAGACCACGCAAACGCCACAUAGGACCCCACGAACGCUUCCUGAAGCCUACAGAAAAUCUUUCCAUCGCAAAUCCUCAACGACUCUGGGGAUACGUCAAGUUUGCACUGCUUCAAGGAGUCACGCGUGAUGUGGUUAUCCACGAUACUGCCGCCAUGCGUGCCAUCCACGCGCGCGCAAACAAAUACGACCCCAGAGUGGAGCAUCUGUGGACCUAUUGCCAGGUGGCUUCUGCCAUGAUGAUGAGCAUUGCACAUGGCUCCAACGACGUAGCCAAUGCUGUUGGGCCUUGGGCUGCAGUGUAUCAGACCUACCAAGCAGGCGAAGUGGCCACACGAUCUCCUACUCCAGUGUGGUUUCUGGUCAUCGCAGGCUUUCUCUUAGGUGCCGGUUUCUGGUUCUAUGGUGAGUGGCUUUGUCUGCCUCUUUUGCAGAAUUCUAUAUUGACGCUUGCUANNGGUUUCAAAAUCAUUCGUGCCAUGGGCAACAAGAUCACCCAAAUGUCGCCCAGUCGUGGUUUUUCUGUUGAGUUGGGUGCAGCAGUCACGGUCUUGCUAGCCUCGCGAUUGGGUCUACCAGUAUCGACGACUCAGUGCUUGACGGGAGCAGUCAUGGGAGUCGCUCUUAUGAACUAUGACUUGAAAGCCGUAAACUGGAAGCAAUUGUGCUUCAUCUUUAUGGGAUGGGUUUUGACGUUGCCAUGUGCUGGUCUCAUUGCCGGGCUUUUGUGUUUGAUGGCACUGAACACGCCUCAUUUCUAG